CGCGUCGGGGCUGCUCCCGGGAGGCCGGCGGCGCGGAGGCCGGGGGCGGCCGCUGAGCGUGGCGUCCGUACGGCUCCGGGGCCGGCAGCGCCUCGCCUUGCCCAGCGAGCGAGCGAGCGAGCGAGCGAGCGAGGGGCCCCCGCCGCAGAGACCGCCCAGGCAAGACCGGCCGCAUCGCGGCGGCUGCAGCGCGCAUUUGGGCUCGGAGGAAGUUGACCGAGGCGGCUGCCGCAGCAACCCCCGUCCGGAUAGCACGAAGCCCGGCAUAGCCUCUCUCUCCUGCUGGCUCACCCCUGCGCCUUCUGCGUGCUCCACUUUUAGGCUCUGCUAUUGUUACAGACUGUUAUCUGCUGGCCAUCCUUCCUCCGAAACUUACAAAGAAAGUAUUGGAUCUGCCCUUGUUGGAACUGAGAAAUUCAGAUCAUCUCUGGGUGGCCGGAUCUAACCCACCCCCUGUCCCCUUCUAGUACCAAAGUGCUUACUCCUCUCCCAAGUGCCAUGCCUGAACUGUUAACGCAAGGAAGGGGCUCCUGAGACGUGCCCGCACCUUCGCACCUGUCUGGCGCUUCUCCUCUCUCGGCCACCUUCUCGGCCAAGCAGCACCGAGGCAGCCCCCUUUGGAUGUCCUCCGUGGAAACCGCUUCUCCGAGGCUGGAGCGCUGAGGCUCGAUUUGGGGAGGAACACCCUACUUGCAGGAGUCUGCGCGCUUUUUCUCCAGCCCGCGCCUCCGGGUCCCCGUGCUCGCUCCCCCACCCCACCCACUUCCUGUGCGCGCCUGGGGGGCGUGUGCCGAGCCGCCGCCGGAGUUCUGGGAAGUUGUGGCUGUCGAGGAUGGGGGUCUGUGGGUCCCUGUUCCUGCCCUGGAAGUGCCUCGUGGUCGUGUCUCUCAGGCUGCUGUUCCUUGUACCCACAGGAGUGCCCGUGCGCAGCGGAGAUGCCACCUUCCCCAAGGCGAUGGACAACGUGACGGUCCGGCAGGGGGAGAGCGCCACCCUCAGGUGCACGAUUGACAACCGGGUCACCCGGGUAGCCUGGCUGAACCGCAGCACCAUCCUCUAUGCCGGGAAUGACAAGUGGUGCCUAGACCCCCGCGUGGUCCUCCUGAGCAACACCCAGACCCAGUACAGCAUCGAGAUCCAGAAUGUGGACGUGUACGACGAGGGCCCCUACACCUGCUCCGUGCAGACGGACAACCACCCCAAGACCUCCCGCGUCCACCUCAUCGUGCAAGUAUCUCCCAAAAUUGUGGAGAUCUCUUCAGAUAUCUCCAUUAACGAAGGCAACAACAUCAGCCUCACCUGCAUAGCAACGGGUAGACCAGAGCCCACGGUUACCUGGAGACACAUCUCCCCCAAAGCUGUGGGCUUUGUGAGUGAAGACGAAUACUUGGAAAUCCAGGGCAUCACCCGGGAGCAGUCGGGGUACUAUGAGUGCAGCGCCUCCAACGACGUGGCGGCCCCCGUGGUGCGGAGAGUCAAGGUCACCGUGAACUAUCCUCCAUACAUUUCGGAAGCUAAGGGGACGGGUGUGCCUGUGGGACAGAAGGGGACGCUGCAGUGCGAAGCCUCCGCGGUUCCCUCAGCAGAAUUCCAGUGGUACAAGGAUGACAAAAGGCUGGUUGAAGGAAAGAAGGGGGUCAAAGUGGAAAACAGACCUUUCCUCUCAAAACUCAUCUUCUUCAACGUCUCUGAACACGACUAUGGGAACUACACGUGUGUGGCCUCCAACAAGCUGGGCCACACCAAUGCCAGCAUCACACUUUUCGAGCUAAGUGAGCCUACAAGCUCAUCUUUGUUGCAAGAAGUGAAAACCACAACUCUGCCCCCUGGGAAAGGCCCAGGUGCCGUCAGCGAAGUGAGCAAUGGGACGUCGUCGAGGAGGGCAGGCUGCCUCUGGCUGCUACCUCUCCUGGUCUUGCACCUGCUCCUCAAAUUUUGAUGUGAGAGCCGCAUCCCCGAUGGGGAGGAGCCGCCGCACCGCCAACACGUCAGCGAUGGCGACCAACACCAACAAGGCGAGCACCCCUGUUCUAAAGCAGACACGAUCCCACCAAAUUCAGACAACAGAGCCGAAGGGGACACAAAUUCGAGGGAGGGGAACAAAGAAUGCUCUGGGAAAACGAAUUGAAUGAGGACACUGGAAAUCACCGUGCAGAUACCUAGGUACAGCCGAGUUUUCUUUCUUUUUCCAAAUGGGAAGAAUGCCCAUGGCUCUGGACCCACCCGUAAACUGCAUGGCGUGACCUCUGUUACCAGGCGGGCAGGGGCUCAGCUGCUCUGCCCACCACAGUGCCCCCCCCACCAAGGAAAAUUCUGGAGUUCGGCCACCCCAAAUUCAAUCAUUCCGUAGAGAAGAACUAACUCAGAGGGAGGCGAGCGGGCCCGUUCCUGGACUGUGUCCCUAUUUUGUGUGUGUGAUGAAAUGCAGCAUCAAAAAGAUGAAUAAAAAGGAAAAAACAAGACGGCCUGACAGCUACAACAAUCCCACAAUCAACAGUCACAAAAGAUAUUCUUAAACGUUCUUUUUUUUUUUUUUUUCCAUUUUACUACAUGGACAUCAUGGAUAAUAAGGGAUUCUGAUUCAUUAUUAAUUUUAUUAAUUAUAUUUUCUGAUAUGAGUCUAAAACUUAGUGCAAAAACAAGACAAAACUAAAAAAAAAAGUACACAGAUGAAAGGGGUGAAGGGAAGUGUGUUUGUUAAAGGUUAGACUUGAAUAGUGUACUUCUUACCUAGGUUUACAACUGGUGGACCACACACCAGGCAUUGACCCCCUGGUGAGGAUUUGGCAAAUCCACCAAAAAAAAAAAAAAAACCACAUGCAAUUUAACCAACAUCUCCACCAGCGCUACAGAUUUCUUCUUAUUCUGUGCAUUUAAUGCAGACAAUACUAUGCUUCUACAUGCUGUUUAGAAACGGAAGGGUGACCUGCACUGUAUCUUGAGUUUGCUGACAAUGCUUCUUUUGAUGACAUAUAUUAUACAGUAUAUAUAUAUAUAUACAUAUAUUUUUUUUUGUUAGAGUUCUAGCCAUUUUCUUUCUCAGCAGGGUCCUUUCUCAAACAUUACUGCAUGCUGUAUAUGGCGUUAGCUGUGUGUUGCUCUUCUAAAAGAUGAUAGAGUUUACUGGUAAUUGUGUAAUCAGCUCCUGCCUUUUUAUUUUCCUGGGUUAUUCACAUGUCAGAGACAUUUCUAAAACGCGAAAAAAGAAAACAAACCACUAACACCAGGCGCAGCAUCUUUUCCAGGGGCGGCUCUCGGACGUGAGGGCUGAUGCGGGAGGCCCGGCUUCUCCAGCAAGAGCCCUGGGUGUGGACAGACAGCAAGCAGCCGAAGCAACUCCGCAGUCAGUAACCACUCGCUUUAGCCCGUCAUGGGAAUCUAGGAUGCCUUUGUGACCGCUGGAGAAUCUAAUCCUCUUGGUUUAUUUUAUUUAAUUUCCCACCUUUGUGUGCGUGUGUAUGAAAGAGAAGAAAAGGCAGUUUUUAGGUAAACUUUUCUUCGUCCCCCGAAGUCUGGGAACCGGAGGGGCCUCGGGGAGGGGUCCUGAUGUGGUGAGGGAAGGUGGGAUUGGGGGCUGGGAGGGAAGGGUUGUCUCUGACUUGACAUUAAAAAGUGUUCCAUGUCCCUCUUCA